GCUGCCUCCCCUUCCGGCCGCCGCCGCGAUGCCGAUGAAGGGCCGCUUCCCGGUGCGCCGGACCCUGCAGUACCUCAGCCAGGGCGACGUCGUGUUCAAGAGCUCGGUGAAGGUGAUGACCGUGAACUACAACACGGCUGGAGAACUGAGCGAAGGCGCAAGAAAGUUCGUGUUUUUCAACAUCCCCCAGAUCCAGUACAAGAACCCCUGGGUGCAGAUCAUGCUGUUCAGGAACAUGACUCCCUCGCCCUUUCUCCGGUUCUACCUGGACAGUGGAGAACAAGUUGUGGUAGACGUGGAAGAUAAAACCAACAAAGAGAUAACAGAGCACAUUAAAAAAAUCCUGGGGAAAAGCAAAGAAAUACUUGAAAAAGAAGAAAGAGAAAGGAAAAAACUGUCACAUCCAGCAACCUUCGGGCCCAAGAAGUAUCAUCUGCGAGAAUGCAUGUGUGAGAUUGAAGGCCAAGUUCCCUGUCCUGCUUUUGUACCAUUGCCCAAAGAGAUGAGGGGAAAAUACAAAGGUGCCAUGAAAAAUGAGGCAUGAGCCUGACAUUUCAAGAUCUCAAGUCAUGGAGCUAUUUUGCCUCAGGACUGGACAAUGAAGGUGCUUCAGUGAGAGACAAGAGGCAGCAGUUCCUGGGAACAGGAACAAGCAAGUUCAUUCAAUACAGAGAACUGUGUCAUUAGCCUUCUUACAACUACAACUAGAAUUAAGUGAAAAAUAAAUAAAAGUUAAAACUGGCACCAAAAAAA